GCGGCCGCUCCAGCCGAAGAGCUGAUGCUCGGCUAAUGACUGUUAGCCUGCUGGCAGCGAACGCCCCCGUUUCUCGGACCGAAGAGACGCAGACAUGUCGGAGUUUCUGGCUGACCCGUCCGUCCUGACCAAAGACAAGCUGAAAAGCGCCCUGGUGGCCAAUAACGUGGCCCUCCCGAACGGCGAGCAGAGGAAGGGCGUGUAUGUGGAGCUGUACUUGAAAAAUCUGACCUCUCAAAACAAGAAGAGCAGCGCGGCUCCGGCUCCGACUCCGACUCCGGCUCCGGACGCCUUCUCCUUCUCCAGCGACGAAGAGCUGCCGGCCCCGGUGGUCUCCAACAAGAGUCGCUCCGGCAGGAAAGCCACCAGGAAGACGGACAGAGUCCGGCCAGAGGAGAUCGACGUUACAGAACUCACCAAUGAAGGUCUGAAAGACCAACUUCUGAAGUAUGGCAUCAACGCUGGACCCAUUGUAGUAUCCACGCGAAAGGUGUAUGAGAAGAAGCUCCAGAAGUUACUAGACCUGGGCCCACCUGAGGCAGUUAUAUCCCUCUCCGAACCUGCUCGAACUGACAGCAGCCAGAACGGCAACACUGACUCAGACCAAUACAGCGAUAAGGAGGAAGAAACACCAACAGCUGUCCCAGAGCCUGAACCUGAGCCUGAACCCGAGCCAGACCCAGUCCCAGUGGUGGAGAGGCCAUUGAGGAGCAGAGGAAAAACACCAGUCACCACCAGAACACGCAGUGGCCAGCACAAGACCUGGAAAGAGGACGAGCAAGAGGAAGAUUUUCAGGUCAUGAACGUUCAGAGAAAAUCCAGGAGAUCCUCUCGUAGACUGGAUCAGACGGUUCCUGCCAGCGAUGACACUGACGUCUCCGAGCUUUCAGCAGCUGAGAUGCUGUCGGCUCCUCAGGAGAGAAAAAGAGCAGCGCCUUCGCUUCGUGAAAACGUCCGCUUCCCUGUGAAGAAUGGGAGUCCCAGAUGUACGCCUUCGUCUCCAUGGCAACAAGGCAGAAAGCUUAACGAAGGUGGUGCUGCUUCCUCUGCUGCACCCAGUGAAGAGAUGCAGGUGUCCAUCCUUAAUACUGCUGUCCUUCAGGCUUCAUUUCAGGAGCCUAAAUCUGUCUCGCUGGCCAAACAUACCAAGCGGUCCAUUCAGCCCCGUUCAUCUUCAGCUCAACCGUCUGAAGAUUUGAUUCACAUGAUGUGCCGCCUCUCGCCUCCUCCAGCUCGUCAGAACAAUGCUUCCCCUCCUCCACCCGCUGAGAUGGAUUCUCCCUGCCGUCCAGCUCAAGAAGAUCCUCUGUCGGUCAUAAAGAGCUCGUCUAAGGACCACUCGGGGUCUUCUGCGGCCCUGUCGAGGGGAAAGCAAACCAAAAUCCGUCCGUUCCUCUCUCCGGUCACCCCUGUACGUGGGCAGGGCAACAGCUUUGGCGAUCAGACUCCGCUGUCGAUUGAGAAGCUGUCUGCUGUUGAGCACACCCCAAAACCAGCAGAACGAGAUGUGCUGAAAGAACUGUUCCCCAACGAGACCUUCAACACGCCCACGGGAAUCAGCGCUACCCGUCGCCAGCCGAUUAAAGGAGCAGCCGGCCGGCCCUUCAGUGACGCGUGGAGGGACGAACUGCGUCCACGCCUCACCGAGCUCAGACAGACCAUCUCAUCCUACACAGAGAGCCGGUCCAUCUCUCGCGCGAGCGCCACCCCCCUCUCCUCUGCUCCCCUCUCUUCCGUACCUCUGUCCAGCAUUCCCAAGCCUGCAGCACCGCCUAGUGUUCAGGCCAAAACCCGGCGCCGCCUGCCAGUGUGGGUGCAGCUGCUGCUCCUCAGUGCCGUGGCUGGCUUCCUUUUCUUUGUUUACCAAGCCAUGGAGACCAACGAAAUCAGUCCAUUCGGCCAGCCGGAAAGCAGUGGCGCGUUAAAGGGCACCAGCAAAUGAACUCCCUUCCCCUCACGUCCCUCUUCGGUUCUCGCCCCAGCCAGAACUUCUCUUCAGCAGCCUCGGACACUCGGUCAAAAGACCACCUAUGCCCCCCCCCCUUCAUUCUUCCAUUACAAGACAGUACUCCACAAAUUCUCUAACUUCGGCCUCCUCUUUCUCACUGACGUCUGGUCAUCAUCCAGAAACAAAGGAGAUUCUGCAGGUUUAGCUGGACCUCUUCGGUCCCCAAGUGUGAACACAUUUUUUUUUCUCUUCUCAUCUGUUUUGAGGGUCUGUGUUUUGGGCUCUUUUUGGUGCUGGGAAUGCUUUUUGGUGGGUUAAUAAGAAGCAUCUAUGUGAAAAUGAAAUUAAGGACUAGCCAAAGGAGCUGUGACCGUGUGUGUGUGUGUGUGUGAGAACAUGUGUAAAGGCACACUGUGGCUCUGGAUUCAGGGGUUAGCCAGCUACGGUUUUAACUCUCAGCUCUUUGCCUCUGCAGUUACUUUCACUUAAUUAAGUCCGCCUUAAGCUGUACUGAACUGAACUGAAACUAAGACCAAAUGGUCGUCUCACUAGCCCAUGAAUCCCGUUUCACGGUGAGCCAGACUCGUCUCUGCGUGACAAACGUUUGCGCAUUUAUUUUCGCGUAUUUCUCUAAGAGCGUUACUCAUUUCAUUUAACACUGCCGCCUCUUUUAGUAUUUGUGUAUGUGAAUCCCGUUUGCAGCAUCAUAACAUUUGAGGAUCACUUUGAUUCAGGUAUGACGCCACAAACUGGUGCCAGUAUAUUGAAAAAUGUUCAUGUCGGCUUCUGUUUACAGAGCAGGAACACGUGGCUCUUGAAGGGCAGCUCCACCCAAAUUCUGCCGAAUUCAAUUGGAUGUAAACAGUCAUUCAGAGUCGUUCAGUGUUUUUGAUGGGAACCAGACGUCUGAAGAGUUUAGUGCCAUUUAAAGUUGACUUCUGGAAACUUAUUACCUGAAGGGGUUGCAAAACUGAUACCCGAGACGUUGUUUUACAGAAGUUUUAUGACUGAAACGUGUUUUUAAAGUGAAUUAAUGGCAGAUUAUGUACAGGUGUUGUACAUAGUGUUAGGAGGCAAACUAGAUCCCAAAGAAAACACUUUCAUACAUCAGCGCAGACGGGUGUAGGUUCACUGCUGGUUUUGGAUUGUAAACGAAAUGUCUGUACUUGUACUGUAGCUGCGACCCCUGGUUCCCAUCACCAGCACUGUAAAGACGUCUGAUAUUGGCAAAAAGAGGUGGAGUUCCCCUUUAAGUAAACAUAUUUUUUAUUAUUUUUACAUUUGUAAUUGUGAAAAUAAUAAUAAUAAAUAAUAAUUGACCUUAUUAGUUUUGAUAGACAAUGUUCUUUCAUUUCAGAAUAUAGUCUAGAAUUGUAAAAAUUGUCUUUAUACAGUUUUUAAAAAAUGAGUGUGUACAUAUGCGCUCAGUAAUCCGAUCAUAAUCUGAUUUCUGCAGUCAUCCGAUUAUUCAGAUGGUCAUGUAAACUCCACACUCCGAUCUAGGAAUCGGACACAGGCUGGAUUUUAGCUCCGUGAUCAGAUUUCUCUGUGCUGUGAGCUCUCGCUCUGAUUUCUGUGGGCUUUCUCAGUCUGCGCGAGAUCAGACUCUGGAUGUCGAGCGGCGCUGAAACCAAACACGAAAUAUAGGAUCUGAAUAUUCUUCCGUCUUCUAGACGAUGUUAAGUUCAUAUUUUCAGGUAAAGCGGCGCGAUGUUUAAAAAAGCUGCGUAUGAAGUUUGAGGUUUACGUUACGUUUAUUUUGCGUCUUCUGUGAGUUUGUUGACUGGAUGUAAAGCAGAAAUCUGAUUACUGUCUGACUCACGUAGACCUGGAGUUUCCCCAUUAUCUGAUUACUCAAGUGCCUGUAAACGCGUGGAUCAGAUUACUGAUGAAAUCCGAUUUUCUGCAGUUAUCGGAUUAUUGGUCGUAUGUAAACGCGUGGAUCAGAUUACUGACACAAUAAGAUUUUCUGCAGUUAUCGGAUUAUUGAUCGUAUGUAAACGCGUGGAUCAGAUUACUGAUGAAAUCAGAUUUUCUGCAGUUAUCGGAUUAUUGGUCGUAUGUAAACGCGUGGAUCAGAUUACUGACACAAUAAGAUUUUCUGCAGUUAUCGGAUUAUUGGUCGUAUGUAAACGCGUGGAUCAGAUU